AUGGAAAGAUUCUUCAUCAUCUCUGUCUUUCUUCUUCAUCUGCUCGUAAUCACCAACAUCUCCUUCGCUUUCCCUCUCUCCACCGACACACGCUGGAUCGUCGACGACGGCGACGGCAACAGAGGGCGGCGCGUGAAGCUCACGUGCGUCAACUGGCCGUCGCAUCUGGAAACUGCGGUGGCGGAAGGGUUGAGCAAGCAGCCACUGGAUUUGAUCUCCGAGGAGAUUGUUUCGAUGGGUUUCAAUUGCGUUAGAUUGACUUGGCCUCUCUACUUAGCCACCGAUGAAUCGUUUUCUGGAGUUAUGACAGUGAGACAAUCCCUUCGCAAGUUUGGUCUUUCUGAAGCUGUUUCUGGUUUUCAAGCUAAUAAUCCCUCUAUUCUCGAUCUUCCUCUGAUUAAAGCUUUCCAGGAAGUGGCUUCUAGUCUUGGAAAUCACAGAUUAAUGGUGAUCUUAGACAAUCACAUAAGCAAACCUGGUUGGUGUUGCAGUGACAAUGAUGGAAACGGGUUCUUCGGCGAUAAAGAUUUAAACCCUAAUCUUUGGAUCAAAGGGCUAACGAAGAUGGCAUCAAUCUUUGCUAAUGUCUCAUCAAAUGUGGUUGGUAUGAGUCUAAGGAAUGAGCUUAGAGGUCCUAAACAGAACAUCAAAGAUUGGUACAAGUACAUGAGAUUAGGCGCUGAAGCUGUCCACUCGGUGAAUCCGGACGUUCUUGUCAUUGUCUCGGGUUUAAACUACGAUGCUGACUUAUCGUUUCUCCGAGACAGACCGUUUGAAGUUAGCUUCAAGAGGAAACUGGUGUUUGAGAUCCAUUGGUACGGAUUUUGGAGUUCUUGGGAAGGAGAUAACUUGAACAAGAUUUGCGGGAGAGAAACCGAAAAGAUCAUGAAGAUGUCCGGUUUCUUGCUGGAGAAAGGGUUUCCUUUGUUCGUGAGCGAGUUUGGGAUUGAUCAAAGAGGGAGUAAUGUGAAUGACAAUAGGUUUCUGAGUUGCUUCAUGGCUCUAGCAGCGGAUCUUGAUAUAGAUUGGGCACUAUGGACUCUUGCGGGAAGCUAUUACGUAAGAGACAAAAGAAUUGAUUCAGAUGAAUCUUAUGGAGUCUUGGAUUGGAAUUGGUCAAGCGUGAGGAACUCAACCAUUUUGCAGAUGAUUUCUGCAAUUCAGCCUCCUUUUCAAGGACCAGGUUUAAUGGAAACUCAACCAAAGAAAAUAAUUUUUCAUCCUUCGAGUGGACUUUGCAUCGUGAGGAAAUCGUUGUUUCAACUAAAGCUCGGUUCUUGCGAUAGACCAGAAAGCUUCAGAGUUUCUUCUCAUCGAGUUUUAUCACUAUCCGAAGAACGAAUCUUGUGCUUAAAAGCUUAUGAGAAAGGAAAGUCUGUGAAGCUGCGACUGUUUUUCUCAGAAACUCGCUGCUCAAAAUGGAAACUUCUGUCUGAAUCGAAGAUGCAGCUCUCGUCGAUAACAAAGAAUGGAGUCUCUGUUUGUUUGGAUGUGGAUUCGGAUACUAACAACAUUGUCACGAACAAAUGCAAAUGUCUAGAAGGAAAAGCGAUUUGCGAUCCAAAAAGCCAAUGGUUUAAGCUUGUUACUAGCACAAGAAGCAGAAUCAAGCAUAAACCUUUUCUUCAGAUUAGUCCAUUUCUUCAGCAACCUUUAUUGGUCUAA